UUUCCAUCUUUAUUCCUAUAUUAUUUUAUUCAUCCAUCCUUUCUUCUUCAUCAUCUUCUUCUUCUUCAAAAACUCUAUCUCUCUCUUUCUGGCAAUUAAUAAUGGAGAAACUUCCUUUCGCAUUUGCCUUCUUUCUUGCUCUAUCCAACUUCUUCUUCCUUUUUGUCAAUGCAUUUACCGCCUCGGGAUGGGCUCCCGCCCAUGCUACCUUCUAUGGCGAGAGCGAUGCCUCUGGAACAAUGGGUGGAGCUUGUGGGUAUGGAAACUUAUACCAGACGGGUUACGGGACGAGGACAGCAGCGCUGAGCACAGCAUUGUUCAACGACGGAGCAUCGUGCGGUCAGUGUUUCAAGAUCAUAUGCGAUUACAAGACAGAUCCACGGUGGUGCAUUAAAGGAGCAUCAGUGACGAUAACAGCAACAAAUUUCUGCCCACCAAACUACGCUCUACCAAACAACAAUGGAGGGUGGUGUAACCCUCCGCUUAAGCAUUUCGACAUGGCUCAGCCUGCUUGGCAGAAGAUCGGCAUUUACAGGGGCGGAAUCAUCCCUGUCCUCUACCAAAGGGUUCCUUGCAAAAAGAGAGGAGGUGUAAGAUUCACAGUGAAUGGAAGAGAUUAUUUUGAACUUGUUCUAAUAACCAACGUGGGAGGAGCGGGUGACAUCAAGUCAGUGUCUAUUAAAGGCUCUAAAUCAAGCAAUUGGACCCCAAUGUCAAGGAAUUGGGGGGCCAAUUGGCAAUCCAAUUCCUAUCUAAAUGGCCAAUCUUUGUCCUUCAAGGUCACCACAAGUGAUGGGCAAGUCCAAGUUUUCAACAAUGUUGUGCCUUCAUCUUGGAGAUUUGGCCAAACAUUUGCCAGCAAGGUCCAAUUCAGCUGAGGAAAUUAAGACCCCGCUCGGGUCUAGGAUCGUGGGUUUAGGGGUGAUCGGAUUGGCAGAGGCGUGCCCAAGUGGUUUUUUUUAAUCUACGGAAGCAGCCCGCCAUCUUAAUUUCAGCUAUCUGGUUACCGUUUUUAUGAAAAAGAUCCACGACAUUAUUCCUAACUGAUGGAAGUUUGAAUUUGUGUGAGGAAAGUAAUAAGAAGCUAAAGGAAAUUACUUUUGUGGCUUCAAAAUAUAGGUAUCUUCAAUUACUCAUAUAAAGUUUUUCUUUUUCUUUUAUCUCUUAAAGUCAAUUUGUAAGGUUGGUUUGUAACAAGCUAUAUAAUAUAUA